ACUGAUAUGACUUUCCAAUUAUUUUUUUAUGUUUACAUGUCAGUUGAGUUUUUUGACACAUUGUUCAAGAUUAAAGAUAUUCUGAACAGAAACAAAUUUUCAGUGGAAAAUGGACGAGAAAACUAAGGCAGAUAUUUAUGAUGAAGAGUUCUUCAAUAACUUGCAAAUGGCAAAAACCCUAAUUAGUCAAAUAAGAAGCAGACGCGACAAAGAAAUUUGUAAAAAGUGGAUCCAAAAAUUGUGUGGUUUGAAGUCCGACGAUGCAGUUGUGAAAAAAAACCGAAACAGUUUUUUCAAAUAUAUGCUUCAAAUUGUGAACAAGGCAGCCCAAAAGGAUUCACUAUCUCCACAGUAUGAUAAAAAGGGAAAUGAAGAUGAUGAAUUGCACUUUAUGAGCAAAUGGUCGGCUGAUAAUCGGACAUACAUAGCUGUCAAACCUCUGCCAGGACAGGGUGCUCUAGUGUACAUGGCAGUUUCAUCAGAUCCCAAACUUGGAUGGAACCAUCAAUAAUUAUUUUUUGCAGGUACAAUCAUUUUAUUGGUUUUUGAAAAAAAUUAUACCUUCUGUGAAAUUCAAUACUUUUUGUACCAAUUGAAGUCAUUAAAAGGGGUUAUGAGUUGAAUAAUA